AUGGCCGCCGCCACUAUGAGCCACGUGUUCGAUUACGAGAACGAGCUGAACGAUAAUCUGUACAAUCUGAAGAUGUCGGGCAAAGGUAGCACGACCCCGAAACGGGUGAGGAGCGUGUUGAGACCGAUUCUGAGGUUGUUGAAGAAGAGGACGAGCAGAGGGAAGGUUGGAGGGAAGGGGCAGAAGGCGAUGCCGCAGGUGGAGAUCUUCACCGAGGAGGUUGACAAUCAGAACAACGCCAACGAGGCGUUGGAGAGGAGAUUGUUGGCCGAGCUUCAGGACGCCGAGGAAGGGGCAGCUAUCACUGUCUGUUUGGACGGGCAGAUGACAGUUGUACCCGUUGUUCCUGGCCAGUGCUACGUGCCCGUACAUUUCGCGCACACCCACGCAGGGGACUUCUACUGGACGACCCUGAGCAUGACCGACAGUGAUCUGUGCUACAAGGAGCGCGCCUUCUCGCAGCAUCAGACACCUGAGAUGCAGGUUGCGUGA